CCGGUCUCAGCGAGCUGUCGGGGAAUACCCAGACCCCAGAUCCUCGAAAUCCUGCUCACCGUCCGGCGACACUGGCCUCUUCCCGCUUAUAGGGUGAAAAUGCAGUUUCACUGAGAUACCCUGGAUGUAAAGGGCUGUCGCGUUUGUUUUAUUAUUCCUCGUAUUAGUAUUACAUGUAUAUUCUCUUCAUUUGCUGGACGUUUUAAUAAUAAUUGAAUGGAGAUUUCGCUUGAUCUUUAUUAUAAUUGUAUCUUAAUGAACAGUUCAAUCGCCGUGAUACAUAAGGGAUUUUGAUUAUCAAGAGCGUUUUGGGUGAUGAUGCGCCCGCCUUGAUUUGGGAUUUUGCUGGCUAGUUUUAUUCCUGCUGUAAAUGGACUGCUAAAGGUGCCAUGCCUUGAGGGUACUUAAAUUCACACCUGCACUCCAGCGCCUUCACACUUUGGAUUUACAAGUGGAUUCUGUUUUUUUCUGUAUUCUUUCUGUUUUCAAGUGAACUGAUACUAAUGGAAAAUUAUUCAACUAUUCAAUUGCAGUCUCUGGAGAUGACAACCAAGAGGAAGAUCAUCGGCCGUCUGGUGCCCUGCCGAUGCUUCCGCGGCGAGGAGGAGGUCAUCUCCGUGCUGGAUUACUCCCACUGCAGCCUGCAGCAGGUGCCCAAGGAGAUCUUCAGCUUUGAGCGAACGCUGGAGGAGCUGUACCUGGAUGCCAACCAGAUAGAGGAGCUGCCCAAGCAACUGUUUAACUGUCAAGCGCUCCGAAAACUGAGUAUUCCCGACAAUGACCUCUCCAACCUGCCAACCACCAUCGCUAGCCUUGUAAACUUGAGGGAGUUAGACAUCAGUAAAAAUGGUAUUCAAGAGUUCCCCGAUAACAUUAAAUGCUGUAAAUGCCUAACAGUUGUGGAAGCCAGCGUCAAUCCAAUUACCAAGCUCCCGGACGGUUUCACGCAGCUCCUCAACCUGACGCAGCUCUUCUUAAACGAUGCCUUUCUGGAAUACCUCCCGGCCAACUUCGGGAGACUAUCAAAGUUACGCAUUCUGGAGCUACGGGAGAAUCACCUAAAAACGUUGCCAAAGUGAGUGCUGAUGUUCGUCCUGAGAACGUAAUGUCAUUCCUCUGCUGAA